AUGUUGCGCUAUGUACUAGCAAGUGUAAACUCUGCCACGUCCUAUUUUGCUCCGGCUGGGUCAUCAAAGGAGCUCAUACCAACCUGUGGGCCCCAUACAGUUCCUCUAAUAGGACCUACGGCACCUCCGAGACCAGACGGACACGACGAUGCACGAUACGAGACUAUUAACGACGUCCUACGCCGCGCGGAUCUCUAUGAAGUCCUCGCAAUCACAUCAAAAGCUGCAGAUGAUCCAGUCGCCCUCAGACGAGCAUAUCUGGCGAGGAGCCGCCGAUGCCAUCCAGACAAGUAUCCGGAGAACGACAAGAGCACUAUAGCAUUCCAGAAGGUCUCAAUGGCAUAUACCAUCCUAAGCCAACCUGCCAUGAGGAGAGCAUACGACGCUAAUCCGUCGAUGGCGGAUGACUUGUUCACGAGUCAACGAUCUGCUGAUGACACAUUCGAUGGUGUCUUGCAAAUGCUCUUCUCUGACUUUAUGUCCGGUGACUUUGAGAUUAUCCGACUCGUUCUCAAGACUAUGAAAGAGGUCAACCCCUCCCUAGGCAUGGAGGAUGAGACAAUCGACGGAGUCAUUGCAGGAUUCCGUAAAUUGCGAGAAGUGGUUCUCGGCACAAGAACAUACAUACGCGUUCUCCGUCACGAACUGCUUCAUCUCUAUGACAUCCAAUACUCUCUACGACAACUUCCAUAUCUUGCCGUUAAUGCACGACUUCGCCUCACAUUACGGUUCACACGGGUUGCGCUUAGUCUCCCAAUGGCAAUCGACCGCGCCAUCGAGGCAGAAGAAGCGGAAAAGCAGCGAAAACGAGCAGCUCAUGCAGCUGCAACUGGUAUUCAAGACGGAAGCGCUCAAGUCGGAAAGAGAUCCAGUAUCCUCGGGUCCAAGCUCGGGGGAGUUGUCAACUUCCUCGUUGUUGCCCUCGAGAAGAGCGAAAGCGUUCUAUGA